GUAGUAAAUAAAGUGGUUCUUGUCUUAUCCCCGGGGUAUAUGUGAUGAAGAACAGCGCUUAGAAUGUAGUGAAGGGGAGCGGUCAUGGGGAGGUCUUUGGAGAAAGAGAAGUGGGCAGUUAGGAUUCUCUGCCCCCUUGUUCAGGACUUCUCCCAAAUAUGAGAGCAGUAUUCAGUGCAGCAGAGGACUGUGGAAAUGAUCAUCUUAUUACAGUCCAUUGUCCUAAACCAGUGUUUCCCAACCAGGCUGUCCAGGCAUGCUGGGAGUUAUAUUUUUUCAGCAUCUGGAGGCACCCUGGUUGGAAAACACUGUCCUGAACUAUAAUACACAUAUAAUAGCAUAAAAAGAGGGGGACAAAUAGCAGGAGCGCCCUGCCCUGUACCUCUCCUGUGAAGCAUCCAUCAGGGAGACCUUUAUAAUAUUAUGGGGCCCUGUACAAUGAGACCCCCUCAUCCCGCUGCACACAAAGUACCAAGGAUGCUGGAAGUGACGCUUGUCUGGAGCUCCAGAUAACAUCCGUCUUGUCAUGACUUCAGACCUUGUGUGCCCAACCUCCGGAAGGUGCAGUGCAGGUUACUCUAAGAUCUGAUGCCUUCUUUCAUCCGCCAUGGACCAACCAUACCAAGACGGACUGAUAUCUUGCCGGCAGAACCUGCUCCUUCUCAGUAUAACGCCACAGGGGAUGGGAUAGUUUCAAGGAACCAAAGCUUUCUGCGGACUCCGGUUCAGAGAACCCCCCAUGAGGUGAUGCGCAGGGAGAGCAAUAGACUUUCUGCUCCGUCCUACUUAGUUAGGGGACUAGGUGAUGUCCCUAGGGAAUAUGGUUCCUCUUCUCAGUCCUUCUUAACAGAGAGCAAUUCUGUUUUGGAAAAUGGGGAUGCAAACUCAAGGUACUUCUCAGACCACCACUAUGAUGGUCAAAGGAGGAAACAGCUCGGGGACCGUGCACAUGAAGAAUACAGAUACUAUGAACACGGGGGUGAUCAUGUACAGCGGAUGAUGCACGGACCAGGUCGACAUCCUGCAGGUAUCGGAAGAAUCGCUGCAACUUCUUUAGGAAACCUAACAAACCACAGCUCAGAAGACAUGCCCCUGCCAGCUGGGUGGUCGGUGGACUGGACGAUACGGGGCAGAAAGUACUACAUAGACCACAAUACUAACACUACACAUUGGAGUCACCCGCUGGAGAGGGAAGGACUGCCCCCGGGCUGGGAGCGAGUGGAGUCAGCAGAAUUUGGGGUUUAUUAUGUGGAUCAUAUUAAUAAACGAGCCCAGUACAAGCAUCCAUGUGCGCCAAGCGUUCCCCGCUACGACCAGCCCCCACCCCUCCCUCCGCCUGUAACUUAUCAGCCGCAGCAAGUGGAAAGAAGCCAGCCGCUCCUGGUGCCUGCCAAUCCAUACCAUACGGCUGAGAUCCCAGAUUGGCUUCAAGUCUACGCCAGGGCCCCUGUGAAAUAUGACCACAUCUUGAAGUGGGAACUCUUCCAGCUGGCAGAUUUGGACACGUACCAGGGAAUGCUCAAGUUACUGUUCAUGAAAGAACUGGAAAGGAUAGUAAAACUGUAUGAAGCCUAUAGACAGGCACUUAUUACCGAGGUGGAGACGCGCAAACAGAGGCAACAGUGGUACGCUCAGCACAACAAGAACUUCUAGGACCCUCCGCCACCUCUUUAUACUCUCCCUGUAUUCUUCUUCUCCUCAGGACUGGAAAUGUUUCCCCUCUUAUUCUCAGUGCCUUGGUGGUUCAUUUGGACAAAAAUAUUCCUACAGUAAAUGCUUUAUGUACUCAUAAAAGGGAAACUCACAGAACGUAAACUUUUUGUCUGAAAGUUUUAUAACCCUAAAAGAUUUCUGCACAUUUACCCCCCUCUAUGGGUAGGUACACGCAGGGAAGUUCUCAUUUGGGAUGUAUGAGCCAAUGAUUUUACUGUGAUGAGAUUUUCAUGGAGCAAGCCACCCUAUAUAUAGCAGGGUUUCCCAACCAG